AGCAAAAGCUCAAGCCCCUGGCCAUGUAGUGGAUAAAGUGUAAGUGUACUUUAUUAUCUGAUCAUGGACCAGUUUUUAGAUGUUGAAAUUAUUUGUAUUAGAGAAACUCGCUUCACUAUUUGUUUAAAGCAGUAAGACCAUCGUGCACUACCACUCCAGAAGGAGUUUCCAGAAGGAGUGAGGGCGCUGGGGACUCUUGCUACGGCCUCCGUAAUAUUUGGGCGGAGGUAGCUUCUUUUCCCAGGGUGGGCAAUUUCCUUCUUGAUUUGGCGACAUGUCGCGGUAUCAGGCAGCAAAAUUAUUUGUCGGAAAUUUGAAGCCCGAAAUCGACAAGGAGUCGCUAAGACACACUUUCGCAGAAUACGGAGAAGUACUAUACCUUGCCCCAGUACGCACUAUCGUCACCCAGUACGCGGAAUGAUAGAGUAGUUGUAACUACUUACACGAGACUCACUUCUUGUUUCAUAUUUUGUUUGGACUAGAACUACUAAAAAUAGUAUCUUCUGCUGCAUCGUCUUGUUCAAGUUUUCCGACACCUAGGAGGGAUUCGUGUUAGAGCUCCACCUCCGCAAAAAUAUCAAGCUGCAAAAGAAACAGGUCGAAUCGGUAUGGGUCGCAAAAAACCCUCCUGGGUUCGCCUUCAUCGAGUUUAGAUCUUAUGACGAAGCCCGCAAAGCUAUCGAGGAGCUCAAUGGGAAGCAAAAUUCAGGUACUGAAUUAGUACAUGACCCAACGACAACAACAAGAACAACUACAGCUUUAUUUUAUUUCCAUUAACUCGGGGGUAAAUACAAGUAGUAGCUAUUGGACUCUAGGUCUUCUAUUAUGAUCAAUAUGAUGAGGACGAAUCAUAAUGGAAAAAUCUGCGCUCGAUCGAUGCGAUUGUUCCUUGCAUCGAUGGUAAUUUUCCGAAUCCGGUGGAGGUGGUGGUCAACUUCAACUUCAUCUUCAGUCUCAACUUCUAUCGAAAUUCCUCGUCCAGAAUUCACUGAGGAAACGGGUCCUGGAAUGCGUGUGGAAAUAAGUACAGGAGCAGGCAGGCGGGCAGACGCACCACGCGAAGACUCACGAGAACGCGGCUUCCGUCAAUUUGCGCCGAGGAGAAGAUCAGAGUACUGCCCGAUUAGGUCCUCGGCCAUAAUAUUAGUUGUUGUUCCAGGAUGAUGAUGAAAGACAAAGAUAGCUCUGGUUUCGUGCGUAGAUGUAGAUGAAGUAGGGUUAUUCCUCCCAUAUACAUUUAGAUUUACAAUUACAUAUCAAGCGAAAUUUCAUCCUUGACCACGUCUCCUGUAGGUCUAGACGACGGAGUAGACGACGGGAUCGAAGAGACGAUGGUCGCGGUGACGGGAGGCGAGACGAUAAAUUAUGCCGAGUUCAUUGAACUAGUCGUUUCAUUUUUUCAUCUAACGUGAACUUGAUGUUGUUGUGCCAAGAAACAGAUUUGAUAGAGAUUCCUAGGAAAUUUAUCUAAACGUCGAAUUAGUAGAGGUCCACCCUUUGUAGUUACAACAUAAAAGUACUAUCCUUGGAAGUUGAAGUCCGAGUAUCCUUUGAAGUUAGUGUAGUGAGAUCGUAUCCUUCUUGUCUUCAUUAUUCGGGUAUGACGAAUACAGAGGCAGCUCUAGAGGAGGCGGGGGAGGAAGAGGAUACGACUCUAGGCGACCGCGGAGAGUACGCGGGUCAAGGUUCUAGACUUCUUGUUGAGGAGGAAAGUACAUGUAAAUCUAAGUACAAGUAUAUUAACACACUAUCAUCUAGUGCUGCAUGAUCUAGUAUAUGAGUUUUUUAACAUGACUUACACUUAAGUUUUUUGCUUUAGCUUACUAGGUACAACUAUUUUUUUAGGGCCAAUUAGAGAGAGCUUUCAACUACCGCUUUAUUUGGCGCUAUAAUAAGCCGCACGCUCGACUCGACCAAUCCAUCGUCAUCGCCAUAUCAAUGUAUUGUGAGGCUGCGUCAUGAGGAUCAUCAUGUCAUUAGAUCGCAGAAUCAAGAAUGAUAUCUACCCUGUGCUACCUCUAGUUCUAGCACAGUCCUGGUGGUCUUGUUCUUCCCGUUUUGUUCACGAGACCCCAUAGAAGAUCUAAGAUCAUAAAAUGAAUCCGAAUUCUUUCCACAUGAAGAAUGUCCAACAUCAGACACUGAUAAUCUGUGUAUACAGAUGAUACCCAUUUUGCAAAAUCUGCAACAAAUGAUAAUGAUGAAUGCGUAGUUCGGCCUUUUGGAAUAGGGAGGCUCCUUCUUGCUGCUAGAGAUCUUGGAAUCAACAAUGAUAUGAAUGUGAC